AUGCGAGCUGGUCUCGGCAUUUCACUAGUGAAUGGGAAUCACGAAGAACUGAUCUACGCACGAUUCGAAGGCAUCGUUUUGAGUGCAAAACGCCUCGAGGACACUUAUCUGAUGACAGGAAGCGUGGACAAACUUCAGAUUGACAAUCAGCUGCUUUACUCUGAUCGGUGGCAAGUACUGUACUGUCAGCCUGAAGUAAUGGGACUAGAUGAGGAGGGUAGCGGAACAUACAUAAAUGGAGAUUUACCUCCUGGCGUAAGUUGUUUAUUGCAUUUCUUAGUCAGAUCAGUUGAUCAACUUAGCCGCGGUGUGCGUCAUUUUUUUACGUUAUUUCAUGUUUCGUUGAUUCAUUGACG